AUGUCCAUCUCCCGCAAGCGCGUAGGCUCUGUUAGCCAGCGCAAUGACUCCCCCCUGCCUCCCCUGGACAUUCAGUCUAUUCAGAUGCCCUCCAACCCGCAAAAUGCACUUGCCCUCAAGACGGCAGCUCUGUCAUCAACAAAGUCUUUGUUCCAGAUGGCCUCGAGCCUGAGGAAGCGGUUGCGCAACGUCGAGGACUUUAGUGUUUUCCUUGAACAACCGCCAAGCGCGCCCCAGCUUGAUGUGGUGUCUCACAUGUGUCACGUCCUGCGCUUGGGUUCGCCGCUUUGCGUCCUCUACAACCAGCUCAUCCCCGUCUUCAUCACCCCAUCCUCCCCCAUCUAUGCCGACAUCCCGGCACCCAACCCCAUCCCCUAUGACCUGCCCAACUUUAUGGACAACCCCGAUGGUGUCCGCAACUGGGCCAAGCGAUCCGGAGAGUCGAAGAGCUGCCAAAAGCUCAUUGCCCAGUUCUGCAUGGCCAUGAAGCAGCGCCGCGAGGAAGGCCGCUGGCACAACGACGCGUCCUGGGCCUUGCACGAGCUGUGGGGCAAGAGUACCGGUGACGACAACGAGGUCGAGUCCUACGACUCGACGGGCUUGAUGAAGGUCUUCCAGACCGUCGAGUACAUGCUCGACUGCCUGCCCAACUCGGCCCUCUCACCACUGUCCCCCACUCCCACAAACUCGUUUGCUGCGAGCACCCACCCAUUCGCAGCCAUGACCCCGCUCGCCGCCUCGACCAACACGGCUCGUCAGUCGUACGAGGUUCCCUACUCAGCCAGCAGCAGCACGACGCUCGUCAACCCCAUGCUCGCGCAGUCCAACGGCGUUGCCAACAUGGACGACAGUGCCGGCCCAGGACCCUCGACUGUUGAGCAACUCAAGUCCAGCUCGGACCCGGCGCUCCAGGGCAACGCGUUCAAGACUGUCGAGGAGCUGGUCCGCUCUGAGCGCUCCUACGUCCAGGAAAUGGAGAUUCUCGAGCGGUGCUCGGCCGAGAUUGUCGCCGCCGAACUCAUCAACCCCGAAACCGUCUUCUCCAUCUUCUCCAACCUCCGUUCGAUCCUUGAUUUCCAGCGCAAGUUCCUCAUCAAGCUCGAGACAGAAUACGAGCCCAUCGAGGAGCAGGGCUGCCAGGCGUGGACCGAGGGCCGAUGGGGUCGCCCAUUCGUGGACAUGGAGAAGGAGUUUGAGUGCUACGGCCCUUACUGUGCCAACUACCUGGACGCCAUUGCCCUCAUCAACAGCUACAUGCCCUACCUCAUGGCCGGACAGGACCUGCCCGAUGGCCAGCGCCCGUGUCUCCACCCGGAGCGUGAGCUGCAGGCUUUCAUGAUCAAGCCUAUCCAGCGUAUCACCAAGUAUGGUCUCUUGCUGGACGCCAUUCUCCACGCCACGGCCAAGUUUGAAUACCCCCACCGUGUCGAGCUCGAGGCCGGUCUCGCUGCUGUUCGCCGCAUUGCCGCCGACAUCAACGAGACGACCGCGUUCAAGGCCAAGCAGGCCACUGUCCGCGAGCUUGUGGACCGCGUCGACGAUUGGAAGGGACACGACUAUGAGCGCUUUGGUGACCUCCACCUCGACGACCAGUUCACCGUCUCCAAGGCCGACUCGCCUCGCGACUACCACGUCUUCCUCUUUGACAAGAUGAUGCUCUGCUGCAAGGAGAUUACACCCGACAAAAAGUCCAAGGGCGGCAAGAACAGCAACAUGCUCCGCAAGGACAAGACACAGAGCAAGUCCAACAUGGGAGCCAAGCCGCGCCUCGCAUUAAAGGGCCGAAUCUUCGUGUCCAACAUCACCCACGCCGUCCUCCUUCCCCCGUCAGCAGGAGACCAGUUUGCCGCGCCCCGCGUCAAGAUUAUCUGGUCUGUGCCCGCCAAGAACGGCGACUCGGAGCAAGAUGUCGAAGACUCGUUUGUCAUGUCGGGCCGUACCGAGGACCAGAUGAAGAAGUGGGGAGACAAGGUCAUGGAGCUGGCCGCUGCUGCCAAGAAGGAGCAGAACGACCGCCACGAGAGGGCCAGGCAAAACUCGCGCAUGUCCGACCCCAACCGGGGACCGUACUGGGCCCAGUCGUCGUUUGCUCCCCCUACCCCGGCGCAGACCCAUUCCGACUUUUUCAGCCCUACCACGCCUGCCCACAGCAACUACUACUUGCCAGACGGCGACGAGGACGACGAGCUGCGCGCUUCUUCUGGAAGCCUCAACGGCCUGGCCAUCUAUGGUGUUCCAGGUGUACCAUUCCCUGCAGGCGGCAACCGUCGUGCUCAGAGCCAGCAGUCCCUGCCAGCGAUUCACCAGACCGAGCUGCGUACUCGUGCGAUGACCGAGGACCACAAUGGCCCGAGCAUUACCCAGUGGCGCCAGCAGGCGCCGCCACUGCCGCAGGCACCGCACCUGCCACGAAUCACCUCUGGCGGUUCAGUCGCCGCGUCGGAUGCUUCGUGGACUAGUGCCAACGGGUCUCGCCGUCCCAGCCAGUCUCGCCUGGGUCGCCCAGACGAAGACAUUGAGGAGGAAGGACGUGGGUACGGCGUCAACCCGGGCGGCCCACCCCCUGGUGCGUUUGCCCGUUACGAGUCGCAGCGUGGCAUGUCCCGCACCCCGUCCCAAGGUGUUACUGGCGUAUCGACUGGCAGCGGCGGCAUCCCACCACCACCACCACUUCGCAGCCGCAGCGCCUCGUCGCCCAACGUCUACCAGCAGGCCCAGGUCUCGCCCAUUCCACCACUGCCCAUGACUGCCGCUACCACAAAUGGCGGCUCCAACUGGCCUACGCAGCACAGCAACAACGCGCCGUACCCUCCCUCUGGAUCUGCCACUUCGUCCUCGACCGGUCUGGGCUCCACCCCCGGUGGCACUGCCUACUUUACUCGCCGCAUGAGCACUGGCAAGCGCUCAAGCCAAGAGUCACAGACCACCGAGACUUCCGAGACGUCGAGCCAGUCCCCACGGACGCCUUACACGAACGCCACCCCAGGCGACCUUCGUGGAGCAACGCCCGUCUCGAGGCAAAACAGCCAGGAAGCACCGCCCUCGACCGUGUUCGUCAAGGUCCGCUCGGGCGACGCAAACUUUGUCAUCCCCGUCCAGUCCGAUGUGUCAUAUCGCACCCUGUACGAAAAAGUUGUCAAGAAGCUGCGGAUCUGCAGCGCGCGCCACACGGCCGCCGGCCUCGACGUUGUGGUCAAGAUCAAGUGGCUCGAUUCAGACGGCGACGAGGUCGUCAUCAAGACCGACUCGGACGUGCAGAUCAUGCUCCUCGAGGCCGCCUCGGAGCAGAUCCAGCUCAUCGCCACGUAA